AUGUUGAUAUUUUAUGGUAAUACAGGUAAGAAUGAAUGGUGGGCUGGUGAUAUAGAAGUAGCGUACCAGGAGAGGCAGGCGCAGGCGCGGCGCGUGCGCACCGUGCGGCGCCGCGCGCGCGCCGCCCAGCCCGGCACCGCCGCGCCGCGCGCACGCGCACACAUGCGCUCGUACGAACCAAAGUCCGACGAACUAGGCGCCUACGGACAAUUCACUCCUUUUAGACCUCUCUAUGUGAAACUUACUCACUGA